ACUGAGAUACCGAUAUUAUGUUGAAAGUAGGUGACGAUUUUGCGAUUAGUCUAAUGGUAAAAAGCCUACUUCUAUUUAUAGCUUACGCAAAUCUCAUAAGUAUUACGGUCUACAUUUAAAUAGUGCCUCCUAAAUAUUUUCUUCUCAGUAUUAUUUAUCGACAUACGAUAAAAACUGCGGUUUAAAUACAUUUACAUUUAUUUCAUUAAAAACGUGCUUUACCGUCAUGAAUAUCGUAAAUAAUUUUAUUGUUCAAUUUUAUUAUUUAAUUUUAUUAAAUAAUUAAAUUAUUCAUCCGCACGUUUCGAGACACUAUAUAUACAUAUGUGCUCUGUUCAAUUGAAAAUAUAAAUCCAAAUAUGUUGUUUAUACGCAGCCUCGAUUUUUACAAAAAGCUAUUAUGUUUAUUGGUGCUCAUGGUGAUGAUGCAACAGUUCGCAGCAGAGCCGGUGUCAAGAGAGAAGAGAACUCUGGGAUGGCUCCGUAAAGAUUGCAACAAUCCAAUCUAUUGGAAACACGCCAACAGGGCGAUCGAGAAGUACAUUCAGUUACACAACAUCAAGCACAAGUUCAAGGUGCAUAAGGUUGUCGGGGUGAAGCAGCUCCUGUCCAACCUCCUCACGACGAUAUCCUUCAUGGCGUACUCAAACCUGAAGCCAGGCGUGUACGUAAACUGCGAAGUGAGCUUGUAUGAGGGCCGCCCCUGUUGCGAUAACUGGAAAACCGUGUGCCCUAAUUUAUAUUAAACGUUAAUAUUUGAAUAAAUUGACGUGAGCAUGAAUAAAUCGUUGCUUUUUUUUUAAAUUAGUUUACAUUUAGAGCUCUUCUUGGGACGAUUUGGGUUGGCUUUUGGUGACGCGACUUAUUUGGGAAUUGCGGAAUAUGCGAGUGCGGUGAAUCAAUUUAUCGAACACAAAAAUGAUUUUAAUCGUUUUAUUUUCCAAGUAUCUUUUUUGGUAAUUUCAUUUUUUGUCUAAGCUUUUUGUUUUGUUUUAAAUCCAACAUAAUCUAAUGUUAGGCACGUCAAACAAAAUAUGUUACAACUCCAUAUGUGUGUUGUUCAACAGAUAAUGUAUGCCAUAAUUACCUUUUUUACUCAAAGCUAGUAAUUUCUGAGUUCCGAAAUCUUUGUUCCAAUUUGAAGGAAAAGACAGUCAUUCUAACACGAACGUUUGACUUCAAGACGUAUGGUGAUUUUUCCGUUAUAUUUUAGUUCUUCUUCAUCUUUAAAUAUAUUAUGAAGUUGUAUCUCUCAUGUAAUUUUGUUGAAAUAAGUGAUGCGAUCAACCGAAGUGUAUAUGAGAUGUUGCAA